UAAUUGGUGCAUAAAAUACUGUGUAGAUUAAGUUAAAAUCAUUUGAUUAUAAUGGCAACAACAUAAUGUAAUAUUUUAUAGUAUUUUUAUCUUAAAACAUAUACUUGAAAGUUUAUCACCAACUAUCGCCUUACUGAACUGAAAUACUAAAAUUCUUUAUUUGCAGAUGAAGAACUUAAUACUGCUAAUCAUGAUGUGGACAAUGACGUUGGUACAAGGAACACCAGUAAUGACCCGACAAGGUCUACUGAGACAGAAAAACCGACAGCAAUUCUGUGCCAGCUUACUUAACUUCAACAAUUUCUUUUAUUCAAUGGUCGAAAAGCGAAACGUCAGCGGCAUACCUGCUGACAUGAGCAUACAUUGGAAGACAGGGAACAUAUUCUUCACGUUAAUAAGCGACGAAAUGAAGAUGAGUCUCCAAGUGUUACAUCCCAGUGGAGAAUGUGAGCUAAUAAAAGUGGCCGGUUUGGGACAAUCAACGUGUGUUGAUAACCUCAACGAUAUUAUAUAUUUAGCUACUGAUAAUGGCGUGUAUAAAUACAAAGAGGACGGCUCGUUAGAGCUAUAUACAGCUUUAGGUGAAGAUGUUAUGUAUAUAGCUGUCACAAGUGAUGGUACUGCUAUGUUUAUAGCUACGUGGCCACAAAAUAGAGUACAUAAGAUCACAAAUGACGGACAGAAGCUGGAAUAUUAUUCUGCAGUACCUAACGGUCAUGGACUGACUGUAGACCCGAGAAAUAACAUUUUCUUUAUUGCCACAAAGACUUCUUACAUUCUGAAAAGUGGUAAUACAGUGCCUAUUAAAAUUAAAGGAUUACCAAGUGAUAAAAUGAUUGGAGUUUUCGUUAGUAGAUCAGACGAAGUGUUCGGAAUGGAUGAAAAUAGCAAUCUGUAUAUUAUAGACGCUGACAACGCAAAUGCUAGAUAUUUAGGUUCAUUUAAUGUGACAGGAGUGAAUUCUUUCGCUAUGGACUCAGCAGAUAACGUUCUGAUAGGCAUUAAAGGAGGUAUCGUCAAAUUUAAUGCCUACGAAAACAACCCGUGCGCGGAUUUUGAAAAACUUACAGCUAACAGCAAAAAAGGCAAGAAACGACAUAGCAAGAAGCGAAAGCAAAGAAAACGGACUACGACCACUACAGAACCGACCGAAGAGGAAGAUUCUGAAGAAUAAAAUACAAUAUUCAAGAAAAUAGUUAUUUGUUAUUGUUAAACUUCUUAUUUUUGUUAUCAAUAGUUAUUUUUAUCACAGUAAAAUGCAAAUGUUAUAAAAACGCCAUCUAUUUAUUUUAGUAGUUUACAAGUAGUAACAAAAUACAAACAUCCAUACCUACAAAUUUUCGCCUUUAUAAUAUUAGUUGCAUGUUAUUUAUUGUUAAAAUAUUUUUAAAUGUUUUUUAUUUCAAUCUUUGUUUGUUUAAAUUCAACUUUUUCUGAGCAUAUUAUAAUUAAAACUACAUAUAGGUACCAAAAUAGCUGAUUAAAAAUCCGCAAAACGUUUUUAUAGCCAUAGCUAGAGUUAUAG